AAAAAGGGAUAAUUAAAUCCCAACAAGUCUUCGAUGUGCUUUUGGCUACAGACAGAGGUCACUACAUCAAGUAUUUCCCCUACAUGGAUUCCCCUCAGUCUAUUGGAUACAAGGCCACAAUCAGCGCACCGCAUAUGCAUGCCCACGCGCUGGAAUUGCUGAAGGAUCAGCUUGUGGAAGGUGCGAAAGCGCUGGAUGUGGGAUCGGGGAGUGGAUACCUCACUGCUUGCUUCGCCAGGAUGAUGGGCCCGACAGGGAAAGCUGUGGGCAUAGACCACAUUAAGGAGCUGGUACACGAAUCCAUCAGAAACGUCCAAGAAGAUGAUCCGACUUUGCUCAGCUCUGGCCGGGUGAAGCUUGUGGUUGGGGACGGCCGGCAAGGGUACCCCGAGGAGGCCCCUUACGACGCCAUUCAUGUCGGAGCAGCAGCACCAGCAGUACCAAAGGAGCUGCUGAAUGAAUUGAAGCCAGGAGGUCGGUUAAUAUUGCCUGUUGGUCCCGAAGGUGCAAACCAAGUUCUGAUGCAGUACGACAAAACCAGCGACGGGCAGAUCAUCGAAACGCAACUGAUGGGUGUGAUCUACGUUCCUCUGACAGAUAAGGAAAAGCAGUGGCCUCGGUAA